ACUUUGACAAAUAUCUGUCAAAACCACAAAGUUUCAAAUUGUUUCUGAAUAAAUGCAUAACAACUCGGUUCUGCUGAGCAAACACUCUGAAAUGCACUAUUUCAUUUUUCCCAUGAUGAAUUUAAUUCUCUGGGAAUACUGUAAAUCACAUACUUUAUCCUGAACUUGAUGACCCAGCGCUUUUACCGUGCACUUCUCCACCUCCUCCUUCCUCCUUACUUCCCAUGUUUAAAAUAUUCUUAGAGCUGAAAUAAAAUAUGCAAAUGUAAUCAACUGCUUCAAAAUUCAUGAAUUUGACAUGCAAACGUUGAAGCUCAGACUUUGUGAUAUUUCUUGUCGAAAAUUCUGCUUUCGUGACAGAAAAAAAAGAAAAAUCUAAAGUUAACCAGUCUUGUACUUUUCCUGCAGGUUAAAGUCAAACAGUCUGUUGCAACGGCCUGUCCUUGACGAAUGACUGUGUAGUGACGGGUCCUUGUUUGCUCAAUAAGUAAUGAUUAGAUUGGGGGUUUCUGUUCCCCAAAUGACUGUGCAUCAGAUUCAACAGUGCUCGCUUGCAAAUUACGUCUGGCUGAUACUCAAAGCUGCCCGACAACAGUAAGUUUUAUGUUGUGAGUCAUUGUACUGAACAUCUUGUGCAUGUACUGGAAAUGAUUUGUCAUCUGUACCUGUUGUAUUUAUGCUCAAAACACUUGGAAUGUUUGCAAUGUUUCCUAAUUUUCUCCUCAUAUUUAACCUUCUGUGUCUUUUACGUCUUGUCUCGUAGUAAUGAAUGCCUGGUUUACCCUCGCUGUCCUUUGCUUGGCAUGUUUCUGCCAUGGCACUUUGUCCUGUCCGGCGCUUUGCAAAUGCUACUCCAGAAGAGCUGAGGUGGUCUGUAAUGACGUCCCGCUGACAGAGUACCCAUCUGAGGGUCUUCCGAGGAACACAACGCUAUUGACCAUCCAGUUCACCAACAUCACCACCAUCACCGAGCGCCAUUUAAACGAUACGCCUCUGCUGCAGGGGCUCCACCUGUUCAGCAACCGCCUCCAGAGUCUUUCCUCUCACCUUCUCAGGGGCGUUUCUCACCUCAAUACCUUGGAUCUCACAGACAAUAAACUGAGUCACCUGCCUGCAGAUGUUUUCAGCCAUGCACCGCUCCACAGUUUGGUACUGAAGAACAACCUGUUAGACAAAGCCGAAGCAGACUGGCUUUCAGAUAACAGCAGCGUGACCUGGUUGGACUUAUCAGGAAACCUUUUAACAAAAAUCCCAGCAGGUCUGCUUCAAAAACUGCCGCUCCUGGAGAACCUGGACCUUGCUAACAAUCGUCUGGAGAAGAUCUCUGCAAAGUCUCUGGACCCCUUGACCAAACUUGAAAGGCUGAACCUACAGGAUAACAAGCUGAACACCUUGGACAUGUCGAUAUUCCAGAACACCCACAACCUCACCAACCUGUUCCUUUCUCGUAAUAAGCUUCAAAAACUUCCCCAAAACCUUUUCCAGGAGCUCACCCAACUCCGGCACCUGAGUCUGGAUGACAACCAGCUGAAGCACAUCCCUCCAGGUUUGCUGGAUCAGCUAGUCUCUCUGGAUGAGGAGGGGCUGGACCUAACUGCUAACCCCUGGAUGUGUGAUGGAAAGAUAGAGUAUCUCUGGAGGUGGCUUCAGAAGAACAAGAACAAGGCUUUUCUUCCAGAGACCAUCACAUGUGCCACACCUCCGUCUCUGGCAGGACGCUCAGUCAUGUCACUGACAGAAAAUGAACUAAACCUUUAAUCCUUACUUUAAAAAACAUGAUUAUUUUGGCAGAUAUUGCAAGAGCAAUCCAAGCCACAGUUAUAGAAAUUGUCAAAACAAGCAUCCUCAGAAUGUGAUUUAUAAGCCAGUGCAUAUUUUUAGUACCACAAUAUCUCAUGUAUUAUUGUAUAAUGUGACACAGUUUACCUUCAUCAAAAAAUUUUAUUUGGCUUUCCUACAAUUUUAAGAAUAUUUCAAUUACUUUUUCCUAAUUUGUAGCUGAGUCAGGAUCUCAAAAAUUCAGUAGAAGUCUUUGUGAUGGUUGGAAAAUGACAAAGACUUCAUGGAGAAUGGAUUUGCUUCAAUCAGGCGAUCCGUUUAUUUGCGUACAAAUGAGAAAACUGACAGACGAAGCUUCGCGCUCUCUCAAGAGUCAGUUCUACCUAAUACAGAA